AAUAUGAUCCCAUAAUCUAACAAAAUAUUUCACAUUUUUCAAAGAUUUUAGUUUUACAUGAAGAAAUUAAUAUAAAAGUCAGAGGAGAAAAGAAGAAAGUAAAUAAAAGAAUCUUCCAUGUUUUCCCUAAACCUUCCCAUAAUAACACACAAAGUCAAAGACAAAAGGAUAUAAAACACUCCAACCUGCAAACCAAAACGUCUCAACUUCUUUCCUCCAAAAUUAAUUACUAUCUACUCUAUCUUCUAAUAUGGCAACGCCUAGGUUCCUCUACCUCUUCACGGCCGUACUAAUUCUAACACUCAUCAUCGACUCAGCAACUUCCAUAGAGCAGUGCCCCAACUGCGGUAACAAAACGGUGCCGUAUCCACUCAGCACAACCUCAACAUGUGGGGACCAGUCCUACAAGAUCCGCUGCCAAACAGGCACACUCAUCUUCGACACACUCAACAACUCCUACCCAAUCACCUCCAUCUCCGCCUCAGCCCAACGCCUCGUCAUCGCGCCCUCACAGUUGUUACCCUCCACCUGCGUCACAUCUGAUAUUUCCCGCCAGGGUAUCCAACUCAACUCGUCUCUCCCAUUCAACGUGACCAGCAGUAACACCAUCAUGUACCUCAACUGCUCCGACUCACUCCUCCGUUCCCCUCUCAAUUGCUCUUCCUCCAGUCUCUGCAACACUUUCCUCAACUCAUCCGACGGCGGAGGCUUUGCCACGUGUAGGGACAGGUCUCUCAUGUGUUGUACGUUCAGAGCCGGGGGUUCGUCGAACUCGUACAUGAUCCGAGUCCGCGAGUCUGGGUGCAGCGCCUACACGAGCUUCGUGAACUUAAACCCGACCUUGCCUGUGGGUCGGUGGCCCGACCCGGGAUUGGAGAUCCAGUGGGUUUCGCCGAGGGAACCCGUGUGUGGGGGCCAGUCCGAUUGUGCGGUGGAUGGAGGGAAGUCUACUUGUGGGCCCGAUGCCACGUCAGAUGGUGGUGUCAAUCGAUGCUUUUGUAACACGGGGCUCGUAUGGGAUCCUAUUCAAGGGUUGUGUACUAAAAAUGUUACGUGUCAAGAUCUUGACGGUUGCAGAAAUUCAAAGCGGACUGCACUGAUAGCCGGUUUGACUUCCGGUAUUGGAGGAGCUCUGAUUGUAGCCACCAUCGUUGCCAUCCUCUACAAACGUCAUAGACGCAUCAAAGAAGCUCAAGACCGCCUAACCAAAGAGCGAGAAGACAUACUGAAUGCCAGCGGUGCCGGAGGAAGAGCCGCCAAAGUCUUCACAGGCAGAGAGAUUAAAAGAGCAACCAACAACUUCUCCAAAGACCGCCUCCUUGGCUCCGGAGGCUACGGUGACGUCUAUAAAGGUUUCCUCUUGGACGGAACCACCGUAGCCAUCAAAUGCGCUAAGCUCGGAAACACCAAAGGUACAGACCAAAUCCUCAAUGAAGUUCGGAUCCUCUGCCAGGUCAACCACCGCAACCUUGUUCGUCUUCUGGGCUGCUGCGUCGAGCUCGAGCAACCCAUCAUGGUUUACGAGUACAUAGAGAAUGGCACUCUUCUUGACCACCUCCGAGAAAAACGAGAAAAUUUAACAUGGACAAACCGUCUGCGUGUAGCUCAUGACACUGCAGAAGGUCUAUCCUACCUUCACUUCUCGGCGGUACCACCCAUAUACCACCGAGAUGUGAAGUCAAGUAACAUUUUAUUAGACUACAAGAUGAGCGCCAAGGUUUCGGAUUUCGGGCUGUCUCGACUGGCUCAUACAGAUAUGAGCCAUGUUUCGACUUGUGCUCAAGGCACGCUGGGUUACCUUGACCCAGAAUACUAUAGAAACUAUCAGUUGACAGACAAGAGUGAUGUUUAUAGUUUUGGUGUUGUUUUGUUAGAGCUUUUGACUUCUCAGAAGGCUAUAGAUUUCACGAGAGAAUCGGAUGAUGUGAACUUAGCUGUUUAUGUUCAGAGAAUGGUAGGGGAAGAGAGGUUGAUGGAUGUGGUUGAUCCGAUUCUCAAAGAAGGGACUACUGAUUUAGAGAGAGAUACUAUGAAGGCAUUGGGGUUUCUGGCCGUGGGAUGUUUAGAGGAACGCAGACAAAACAGACCUUCCAUGAAGGAAGUUGCGGAGGAGAUUGAUUAUAUUAUGAGUAUUGCUACCGCCAAAGUUGUAGAUGUAUAACUAAUUAAUUAAAUAUUAUAUAUAUAUCUAUUCUAUAUAAAGUCUGCCUAUAUAACCGAAUUCUUGGUUUUUGAGAAAUUCAUGAGUGACUUUUUAUUUAUAUUAAAAAUAAAAUGAUUUAUUAUUAAAAAUAAAAUAGUUUAUGAGAAA